AUGCCAACGCGCGGUCAAGCUGGUUGGGCAAGAACGGCCGCGUUCUUGCCCAACCGCACGCUCAACGUGAACACGGACGGCAAGACCCCGUACAAGCUGAUCCAUGGGGCCAUGCCCAACAGUGCAAACUUGAAGAGCUACGCGACCAACCACAAAGCCUACAAGCUCUACGAUUUGGAAACCAAGAUGGUCGUGAUCGCCGUCGACGUCCGUUUCUUCGAGAACGAGUUCCCCAACUGUCACGUGCCGAUCAUGGAAGCCUCAACUGAUGCCGUUGAAGCCGACUUUGAUAGGGACGGCUUGGAAACGCACGACACCGCCGCUCGCCAUGCUCCACGGGCGCCAAUGAAAGCUGUCCCGGAGACUGCCCUGUACCGGAACCCAGCGUCCCCGCCAACGACAGCACCCGUGGCUCAACCCUAG